GGGACCCGCCCGGCGCUCCCGCGCGCGCUCGACCGCCCGAGCGAUAUUAAAAUGUCUGAAGAUGCUGGUGACACCUUCGCCACUGGAGACAAAGCAGAAAUUACCCAAAUGCCCAAUACCGAUUCUUUGCCUGAAGAUGCAGGGGUCCACUGUGAUUCAGCUAUGGUUUCUGAGGAACCAAUUCCAGCUGACCCUGGAGGAGAUGUACGUGAAAAUGCAGUUGAGGCUGCAGAGACUACUGACACUGAGCAGCCCAUAGACACCAGUGCUGUGGAGCACCCCCACAAUGGAGAAGUGACAGAAGUGCUUGCUGAGUGCAUUGAUUCCGUCAGUCUAGAGGUAGAACUUGGAUCUGAAAUACCCCUGAAAGAACAGAAUGAGCUGGCUGAGGCUGUGGAUUCCCCUCCACGUGGUGGGGGCUGGGCAGGCUGGGGCUCGUGGGGCAAAUCACUGAUCUCAUCAGCAUCUGCCACAGUAGGUCACGGGCUGACAGCAGUCAAGGAAAAAGCAGGGGCCACCCUACGGAUUCAUGGUGUAAAUUCUGCCUCUCCUGAAGAGACCCAGCCUGACACAGAGAAUGGAGUCCCUCAAACAGCAGAUGCACCCACAGAUCAGAACUCUGCAGAAAACCCAUCCACUUCCCCUUCAUCAGGGUCUCGGGGUGUGCUGUCAGCCAUCAGCAACGCGGUUCAAAACACGGGUAAAAGCGUCUUAUCAGGUGGUCUAGAUGCUUUGGAAUUCAUUGGCAAGAAAACCAUGAAUGUCCUCGCAGAAAGUGAUCCAGGCUUUAGACGAACCAAGACUCUCAUGGAGAGAACUGUCUCCUUGUCUCAGAUGCUAAGGGAAGCCAAGGAGAAAGAGAAGCAGAGGCUGGCUCAGCAACUCACAGCCGAGAGAACUGUACACUAUGGGACCCUGUUCGAUGAGUAUCAAGGUUUGUCACACCUGGAGGCCCUGGAAAUUCUGUCCAAUGAAAGUGAAAACAAGGUUCAGUCAUUUUUAGCAUCACUUGAUGGAGAGAAGCUGGAAAUCUUAAAAAAUGACCUCAUUUCCAUUAAAGACAUCUUUGCAUCCAAAGAAUUAGAGAAUGAAGAGAAUAAAAAAGAACAAGGCUUAGAAGAAAAAGGAGAAGAAUUCGCCAGCAUGCUUACAGAACUUCUCUUCGAAUUACAUGUUGCGGCCACGCCUGACAAACUCAAUAAGGCCAUGAAAAAAGCUCAUGACUGGGUAGAAGAAGAUCAAACCACAAUGUCAGUAGAUGUGGCAGAAGAGUCAGAGGAAAAAACUAAGAUGGAAGAAAAAGAAGAGACACCCCAAAACCCCGAAGAAGACAAAAAGGAAGAACGAACUAAGACGGUUGAGGAUAUCUGCAUGCUAUCCAUCGAAAGUUUGGCAGAAGUCACAGCACGCUGUAUCGAACAGCUUCAUAAAGUAGCUGAAUUAAUUCUUCAUGGACAAGAAGAGGAAAAAUCAGCUCAGGACCAGGCAAAAGUUCUAAUUAAAUUAACUACUGCAAUGUGCAAUGAAGUGACCUCCUUAUCGAAGAAGUUUAUGAAUUCUUUAACCACUGUUGGGGCCAACAAGAAGGCUGAGGUCCUUAACCCCAUGAUCGAUAGGGUAUUGUUAGAGGGCUGCAAUAGCACCACAUAUGUGCAGGAUGCCUUGCAGCUGCUGCUGCCUAUUCUGCAGGUCUCACACAUCCAGACCAGCUGUUCAAAAGCACAGCCGUGACCUGGCCAGACUCCAUGGAACGGAAGUUGUCGCAGGCUCUGCUGCUUUGACAUGUACCAUUGAAGGAGAUGUUUCUACCCACCAGGUCACAGAUGCCCAUUGAUGACACUACCAGCAAUUUUGCACAGACAAGUACUGAGAAUCCAAGUGUAAAGAGAGUAUCAUUACUGUUAAUGUAUAUGGUUGUUUUUACAAAUAAUUGUGUUUUCUUUGUGUUAAUUUAAACAUAUAUAAUUUCAUAUUAAUUACCUAUAAACUGAAAUUCAUUCACAAAUAUCCACUUCCAUUUUCAUGGUCAAGGACACUCUAUUUAGGAAUUCAUGGGCAGGACCUAAACCUUUUUUUAAUCCUUUAAAUGUCCACCUGUACAUUUCCCAUUCUUAUAGUAAUACUGUAAGUCAAUUGUCAUAGUGAAUUUAGUUUUGUUACGUACAUGUCAUGGACUUAUAGAUUUUACACAUCAUGGUUAAAGAGGAAACUAAGUUAUUCUUUAGGCAUUCAUUUUCAAAAUAAACAUGCUUUGAGCCCCUAUUGAAUGUUCACAUUAGAGAAACAUUGUCUCACCCUAGUAAAGACACAUAUUCUGAAAAUGUUUAAAAUAAUUUUUAAUAUGCUUUUAAAAUAUUAAUAAAGUUUCUAACCUUAAAAAAUGUGAAUAAUAAGAUAAAUUUGGUGGGUUUUUUCAAUGUUCUACUCUUCAAUUUUUCAUUUUCAAAAGUUCACUCCUUGAACUUUUUUCAUCCCAAAUUUAUAUAUGGGGUGAAAAUAUAUAUGAAAAGUGGUACUAAAGAGUAUUUAGUUUAAAAUUCUAAUGACCAUAAGUACAUUACUAGCAUACUUAAAAAGCUUGGAAGUAUUCAAAUAGAAAAGUAAAGGGGUUUAACCAUUAGACACCCAGGACUGCAUUUUUUUAAGUGUGCGUCUUUAAAGUUGAGUCAAGCUGUUCCAUGAAUACACGGAUAACUCCCACUGGUCACAAAUACUAUCACUGCUUCUAAAGGACCAAAAAUGCCGAUGUGUAAAUUGAUCAGCUGGUUAUAUUGAUCCUUGGGUUGCGCAGAUAGAAGACCCUGGAAUGGGGAGCAGCAUUGCCCAUGGGUGCUGCUCCUGAGCUCUGCUCUUCCUUGCAGGUGAGGGGACCGUGUAAGGACUCUAUUUCAGAGCCCCAUGGACGUCCCUUGCUCUCUGGCACACGCCUUACCCAGUGGCACUCUCCAGGGCACAUGAAAUCUGUAGUUUUUCAAAGAUGAAAAUCCCUUGCACCUUUGCUUUUAUUCCUCUGCUAGAACCAACUGCCUUGAUUCCAUAUAUGCGAAGGGACAUUUUAAUACCAUCCUACUUCUUAUUAGCAUUUCAAAUUUGUCUGUAUCCUGAAUUUCAUUUGUGUAUCUCCUGAAACAGCCAAAUAGAAAACAUAAGAGCAAUUUAUUUACACCCUGGAAAGAAAAGUUCUCUGAGGAAUCAAUUAAAGAUGCUUUUUUUCUACUUGCUUUUUGAUUGCCUAAAGUGUUUCUGUGAUUAAGUCUAGAGAACAAGUAACUGAUGAAAAUGUUGCAUUUACCUGUUCAUAAAUUUUAUACUGUUAUAGAGAGAGCAGAGGAAAGAACUUAGAUUUAUAAUUUCUUUACAGCAGAUUUUUAGCAUUAGAUGGAUUUAUAGAUGUUAACCAAAAUGUAAAAGAGAAACAAAUAUUUUCAAGGAGCUAGAUUCCCAGACUUAAAUUUUAAGCCUAAUUGCACCCAUUUGGUAGACAGAAAAAUUUUUAAUCUUAAAAGAAAACAGAAAUCUGGUCCCCCAAAAAUAAUAAUAAAGGAUAUAAUUACUCUUCAAAAAGUGAUUGACAUUAUUUCUAUUGUAUUUACAUAUCUUUAAAUAGAAGGUUGCCAUUGAAAAUUUAGGCUGAGAGAUGAUUCCUGGGGCUUAGCUUUAUGGCCUAUGAAUUAUGUUAUUUAAGAGAGAAUAAAGACUGAAAAUAUAUCCACCCUUCAGAAUUGCUUUCUUUUAAUACUGCCUUUCACCACCACUUUUAAAUAAUUGCUUCCUUGCUUUGCUUUAAAACCAGGCAAAGCACAGAUCCAGAUCUGGGCAAAUGUCAAUCAGUUCCUGAAUGAAUGAUUUAGCAGGCUUACUUUGGAAGUUUUAUAUUCCUUCAAUUAUCCUUUACCAAAUUGGGUUCAUUUUACUCCAUGCAAUUACCCUGAACAAGUGUGCCAGGUUUUUUCUUACAUCACAUGCAAAAUAAGCCCUAGUCUAAAUAAUGAAUGUAGUUCUGUGCCUUAUUAAGUAAAAACAUCAAAAGCAUAUUUCAAAUUCAAAGCAAAAUGUGUCCAAGAAAAAUUGCUUUUAGUAUUGAUACAUACAGCUCUGAAGGGCAAAAUUGAGUCCCAAAGCUUACCAAAGAGACCAAGCUUAAAUAUUCCACCCCACUGAGAACAGAAGGCUCUUCUCUCUGGGCCUCACAUCAGGCUGCGCAUGAAGCUCAUGGUUAAAUGAACGGUGUGACUAGCCAAGGCCAAGGCGGGGUGAGCGCAGGUACACAGCAGCCUUAGGAGCCGUCCUCCAUGGCAGAGCCCGGGGGAUGAAGAAGCCCCAGCACUGGGCAGGCUAAAAAAGGGUGCUAAACAUAGACUAGAGACCUGAACCCAGAAAUGAACAGGUUGCCCAGGCUUUACAGAAGUCAACUGCUCCCAGGUGCCCCUACAGCUGGGACAAAAUCUUCUGUGCAAGUUGGCAUCCUGCCCUUGAGUUAGAAAUAAAAGCAGAAAGACUGCAGUCAUAGCCAUCCCAGAAUGGCAGUGGCAGUGAGAAUAUCUCAGGGAAGAAAUGUGAAAAUAAACAUUUCUCCUCUUUCCUAAAAAUAA